GUUGGUGAGAGAAAGGGUAUUUCCUGGACAGGCCAUCAGUUCAUUCAACUCAACUAUGCACCCAUACAUUCAUACAUAAGGGAAAUUUAGAGUAAGCAAAGAAAGUCAUGUUUUUGGAGCACCGUAAGAGAACUCGCAUCUGCCUACAAACCAUGCAAAUUAAUUGCAACAAGACCCUUGGUUGAGAUUCAAACCAAGGAACUUCUUGCUAGACAACAGCUCUGUCACUUUCUUGAGUGAAAAGUUUGGAGAUUCAACAUCUAAAUCAUAUUCAACUUGGUUUGAUCAAUUCUAAUGAAACUAAUUAACAAUUGGGCUCAUUUAGUUUGUCAUCUCAUGCGCCUUGUCACCUCCGACAAACUACACUUCCCAGGAGUCCAUGCGGUGCUCGUUAACUGCGUCUAAACAGGUCCUACCUCUUUGCGACUUUCGCUUUAUAUUUCUGUCCUUUGUUAGGAUUCAUAUUCUCCGUCCAGAAGCUAAUUUUGUCCAUGGCGUCUCCCACUGAUGGCAGCGUAGCAGUGCAGCUGAAUCCCAUCCUCAAGCCUCUUAGUUGGCUGCUGGGUACCUGGGAGAGCGACGAACCUGGAGAAGGAACCUUCCCCACCAUAAAACCUUUCCGAUACACUGAGAAACUAUAUUUCAGCCAUGUUGGGCAACCAGUCAUCAACUUUACGUUUAACGCAUUUCAUGCGGAGUCCAAUAAGCCUCUUCACAGAGAAUGCGGUUUUAUUCGAAUCCAGCCAGGGACAAACAGAGUGGCCUUCAUCAUCGCACAGAACUCAGGUCUGGUGGAGAUUGAAGAGGGGGAGCUGACAGGAAAUCAGCUCAAGCUGCAGUCUCAAAGCCUGGGUAGAAUAUCUUUUGCCAAAGAGCCCCAUGUACAACAGGUGAAACUGAUCAGUCAUCAUUCAUACCCAGAAACGAGCUGGUAUUACUGUAUUCUGAAAGCUUAUGGCGGCUUUCAGAAUACAGAUUUUCCUCGUAUAGCACAUAACUUGCUUUCUGUUGCUUUGAUUAUCGCAUUACUUUUCUCUUUUCUUUCAGAUUGGCAGAGUCUUGCAACUUCGACCAGAUGGGAAGCUUGAACAGACUGUUUCCAUGGCAACAGACAACCAGCCGCUCACUCAGCACUUGCAAAUAACUUACAGCCGGUCAUCUUGACCCAACCAGCCAUGGCCCUGCCAUUGCUUUUCAUCCCACACCUGUCAGAGCAGCAUUUUAGGAGUGUGGGUCAGAAACCUUUUCUUUCUCAGGGAGUUUACCGUUUGUCAUGCGUUUUUGUUUCAAAUAUUGCAUGCAUUAAAUAUGUCCCUGUUUUGAAUCUACAUCGUCCUAAUGGAUAAUAAAGAUUAAACUUAAAACAG